AUAGAUAUGACAAAGCAAUCGAAGAAUACACUGUUAUAUUUGAAUCAAAUAUUAAACGAAAAUCCAUUUGAGAAGGGAAUAACGGAAUAUGAGUUUAAAAGAGACUGGCCUUCGCUGGAUUCAGCAAGU